AUCACAUUUGAUGAAACGUCAGCGAAUUCCAUUAAAAAUAAUUGUGAAUUGUGUGAUUCAGAAUAGAUUUUUGAGUUUAUCUAGAGAAAAUACAUUGUAAUUACUGAUUUGAACUACUUUAAACAAUAAAGCUAAGUUUUAUACUUGAGUUAUAGUGAAGAAAUGAAUAAUCCAAACAUGAAUUCGGCAACUCCCGGCGUGCCGCAGGUGCCGCUGCUCGACGACGACACGCUGGCCUUCGGCGAGGAAGACAACGCCAACAAGCAGUUCGUGCACCCGUACAUCGUGUUCUUCCACCUGGUGUUCCGGUGCUCGGCGGUGGUGGUGUACAUGCUGUGCGAUUGGUUCUCCGACUCCUUCAUCGCCAGCUUCGUGCUAGUCGUGCUGCUGCUCUCCGCAGACUUCUGGACCGUCAAGAACAUCACGGGUCGACUGCUGGUGGGCCUUCGGUGGUGGAACUACGUGGAUGACGCCGGAAAGUCGCAUUGGGUAUUCGAAUCUAAACAGAGCCGAGUGAACGCCAACGAGUCGCGGCUGUUCUGGCUGGGGCUGGUGCUGUGCCCGCUGGUGUGGGCCCUCUUCUUCGUCGUCUGCCUCUUCCGCCUCAAGUUCGAGUGGAUGUUGCUGGUGCUGAUUGCCCUGACCCUCACAGGAGCGAACCUGUUAGGCUACAUCAAGUGCAAGUUCGGAGCCAAGGAGAACCUCAAGUCGGCCACCACGGACUUCGUGAAGAAACAGCUGUUCCAGGGCGCUUCGUCGCUCUUCACGCAGCCAGCCCCGCCCACCACAGCCAAUACGGGCGUCAUAUAAGCUUGCCACGCCCCCUUAUUAGAACAGGAGAACUAUGCGCGUUUUCACCAUCAAUCCCUAAUAUUUAAGUGACCCAUAUGGUAACACAUAACAGGCAUUUUAAUUUUUAUGUGACCCAUAUGAAAACAAAAUUCAUAAUAUUGUGUUACCAUAGAGGUCACUAAAAAUUGGGGAUUAAUGGUAAAAACGGGCAAUAGAGUUCUUUUUUAGGGAGGGACUGGCCCCUGACAUUGCAUGUCACGGUGUUCGCGAUUAAGGCUUCCACAGACCAAACGCGGGGCAGUAGCAGCGCAGAUUGAAUGCGGGCCCGCGCAAGUUGUAAUACAAGAAACUCUUUGAAGUGUGUCACACUUUUGAACGUGGGCCCGCACUCCAACCGCGCCGCACUGCAACUGCCGAACGACAAACCAGGCGGCACGAACGCGGGCCCGCGCUGUUGUAUUACUAUGGCGGCCAUAUUAGCAUGUCACACCGGACGCAGGGCGAUAGCAGCGCGUUGAAAGCGGUUUUCGAAUACAUAUUUAAAUUUUUGACAACCGCCCGCGUUGAAACUGCGCUGCUUUCAAUGUGCCUCAGCCGCGCUGCAACUGACCCGCACUGCUUCUGACCCGCGUUUGGUCUGUGGAAGCCUUUAUGCCCGUUUUCGCCAUCAAUCCCUAAUUUUUAAGUGACCCCUACGGUAACACAUAACAGGAGUUUUGUUUUCAUGAUGAUGGUAGAAACGGGCAUUAGAGUUCUUUUUAGGGGGGGCCUGGCCCCUGACAUUGCAUGUCAUGGUGGUCGCGAUUAAUAUCAUAGCUCAUGAGUUAGUAAUAUCCAUGGUGGUACCGAUAACAAAGAGAAUUGUUGACCAUACCACCAGGGGUAUGGUACGGGGGUAUGGUUAACAAGGAAUGAUAACGAAUGCACUUGGUAUUUCCUUAAGCAGAAAUUUUAAAUAAGUGUAUUUAAUUUACUACAUUCCUGUUACUGAAUUGAACUUAGUUAUGUAAAACAUAUAAAACCGUUUGAAUAUAAGUAAGACUAACGUUAUAUUAAAUUAAAGGUGUUUUUAUAGUGAUAUUACAUUUUUAGAAGGUUUUCUUAGUGUGUCGUAUAGAUAAGACGCAUUUUUUGUUUAGUUAUUUUACGUUAUUGUGUCCGAGUCAGAAUUUAUUUGUUUUAUUUAGUUAGUUUAUUAACUACUUUACUUAUAUUCCUGUAAGGCUGUAAAUUUGGAAUUUGGCAAUCUUGCUAACCACUAAAUUAGAAUCAGAAAGACAGAGUUUUAUCAUAUCAUUACAAGGUUGCCAAAAUCUGUUCCGAGCGUUUAUUAUGUAGAUAUGUAGAAUUUGAAAAAGUCUUUUAUUCUUUCGGGCCGUACUCUUUCGUAUUUUAGUUGUAAACCAAAUUCUACGCGUCCGAAGUCGCGUAAAACUUGGUGAUAUUAUAAUUUAGAUUAAAUUAUAUUUAAGGGUUAAUUUUAACAUUUGAUUAAUUUUAAUAUCUUGACUUCACGUUAUUCGUCCAUUAACUAUGUAUUAUACAUCAAUUUAACAUCCUGCAAAAGCUAGCUGAAUGACUAUGUCACCAGUUCCUUUUAUUUUCAGCUUAGAGAACUGUAUAAUUAAUUUAGAAUGAGCUUAUAAAUCGUGUUAUCCUCAGAGAGUCAAGAUUUAGUCUUAGUACUUAGGUAAGUUUUAGGGAGAACAUUCGAAAACGAGGAUGAGUCAUGCGCCAACUAAGUAUCGUUAUAAAAAAUUGCAUGUCCCGGGAAUCGAACACGUGGCUAUGCACGUGGCAAGCGCUAUAGCGCCACCUGAUUGAUCGGGCAUGUUAGGUUUUAGUUACAAGUUAAAUUAAUUAAGUAAUAUUGUAGUAAGGUGUUGUUUUAGCCAUUAGCCUUAUGAAGUUAUGAUAUGAGCUCGCACUUGUCAUCAAAAUUUUUACGAAAGUAAAGUUGAAAACCUAACGAAUACAAUCAUAUUAAAAUUUUGUAUAAAUCUAUCUACUUACGUGCUAUAAAAGUACGUGAAUCCUUGGAUGGUGGCUAAAACAGAAUCUUUUUAUUCGUUAGCCACUAAACAUUCAGGCUUACUGAAUUAAAUGUAUCUUUAAUAUAAGAAAUCAAGUUAUUAGUAUUUAUUUAUUGAUUGCAUUAAUUAUUGCACUAUUGCCGGUGUCUGUAUUGUUUGUAUGAUAAAUUGGAAGGAAUUUUAAUGAUAAUUCACGUAAGAUAAAAAUUAAAAUAUGUAUAAGAGAAUUUAUAAUAUUGAAAGGAUUAUUUUCUAAUGUUGUAAAUAAGUCUGCUAUAUAUUCUUUUAAAAUUAGUGUAUUUAAAUAAAAUAAUAAACUAAGAA